AUGGCUGAAACUGUAGUGAAUAGCCUGAAGAACGCGUUGUCCGCGAAGGACGACAAGGCCACGGGGAUUGAAAACCACCCAGGCAAUGUGGUGGUGGUGUCAAAUCGGCUUCCGGUGACAAUCACGAAGAACAACUCAACGGGCAAGUACGAGUACUCGAUGUCGUCAGGCGGGCUAGUGACCGCUCUACAGGGGCUGAAGAAAUCCACAACGUUCCAGUGGUACGGGUGGCCCGGACUGGAGAUUCCGGAUGAGGAGAAGGAGCAGGUGAAGAAGGAUCUGCUUGAGAAAUUCAACGCGAUCCCGAUCUUCCUGUCUGACGAAGUGGCGGACUUGCACUACAAUGGGUUCAGUAAUUCGAUCCUGUGGCCACUGUUCCACUACCACCCGGGCGAGAUCAAUUUCGAUGAGAACGCGUGGCUCGCAUACAACGAGGCUAACAUGGCGUUCGCCCAGGAAAUUGAGAAGAACCUGUCCGACAAUGACAUUGUGUGGGUGCACGACUAUCAUUUGAUGCUGCUGCCCGAGAUGCUGAGAUCGGGUAUCAAGCAGAAGCAUCUGAAAAACAUCAAACUGGGGUGGUUUUUGCACACGCCGUUCCCAUCCUCGGAAAUCUACAGAAUCCUACCCGUGAGACAGGAGAUUCUAAAGGGCGUGUUAAGCUGUGACCUGGUCGGGUUCCACACAUACGACUACGCGCGACACUUCCUCAGCUCCGUGCAGAGAGUGCUCAACGUCAACACCCUGCCCAACGGAGUCGAGUUCGAGGGCCGCUUUGUAAACGUAGGCGCGUUCCCCAUCGGUAUCGACGUGGAUAACUUCACCGAGGGCCUGAAGCAGGAAAGCGUGAUCGAGCGCAUCAAACAACUAAAGAAAACUUUCAAGGACGUCAAGAUCAUUGUCGGCGUCGACAGACUCGACUACAUCAAGGGUGUGCCCCAGAAGCUGCACGCCAUGGAGGUAUUCCUUAAGGAGCACCCCGAGUGGAUUGGAAAGGUUGUCCUUGUUCAGGUGGCGGUCCCCAGUCGUGGCGACGUGGAGGAGUACCAGUACCUGAGAUCCGUGGUCAACGAGCUGGUCGGAAGAAUCAAUGGCCAGUUUGGCACGGUCGAGUUCGUGCCCAUCCACUUUAUGCACAAGAGCGUCCCCUUCCAAGAGCUGAUUUCGCUGUACGCGGCCAGUGACGUGUGCUUGGUCUCUUCCACACGUGACGGUAUGAACCUGGUCUGCUACGAGUACAUUGCCUGUCAGCAGGAGAAAAAGGGCUCUUUGAUCUUGAGUGAGUUCACGGGUGCUGCUCAGUCGCUGAACGGUGCGUUGAUCGUGAACCCUUGGAAUACCGACGAGCUGGCUGAAUCCAUUUAUGAAUCGCUUACGAUACCCGAAGAGAAGAAGGACGCCAACUGGGAAAAGCUUCACAAAUACAUCUCCAAGUACACUUCUGCUUUCUGGGGUGAAAACUUUGUUCAUGAACUAUACAAAAUAGCGCCCAACGGUGGCUCCCAUGAAGCAGAAACCAAAUGA